AUGAGGUGUUGGUUAUGCUGUCCAUCUGGAAAGGAGGGCACAUUUCGAGCAGUUGACUGGCUUGUGGAACUUAUGAACCUAUAUACAAAGGUGGUAUACGGCGGCUCGGGAUCUGGGAAAACAAUUAACUACGUGAUUAGUCAAUCAUCAAUAAUCAAUGCAUACCGCCAGUGCAUCGAAGACAUUGAGAGCAAUUUUCACAUACCAGAGAAAACGCUCCAUCAUGCAGCUCCUGACAUCCAAUCGAGGUUGGAUGGUUUAAGAAAGAGCCUUCGUGAACUUCAGCCACAUCGGUACGAGAGGGGGCGGAAGGCACCUUAUGAGAUAGUAGAUUACUUUCAGAAGGGGUGUGCGCAGUUUGAUAGGGGGAUGAUGUGGAACUUGGUCAAUGUAGAUGAUGAAGAAAACGAUGACGGACAUACAAUAGAUGCUGCGGAUCUGGCAGCAUAA